GGUGACACCGACGGCGAUUGCUUUGCUGUGUGGGUCCAGUUCUUACUUCUGUCUCGCGCGUCAGAUGACACAGGAAACCGACUCCGAUUCCAGCUGGAGUUAGAGUUCGUUCAAUGCCUGGCAAAUCCCAAUUACCUCAACUUUCUUGCACAAAGGGGCUACUUUAAAGACAAAGCAUUUGUGAAUUACCUUAAAUAUUUACUCUAUUGGAAAGAACCUGAAUAUGCAAAAUAUCUGAAGUACCCUCAGUGUCUGCACAUGUUGGAGCUGCUCCAAUACGAACACUUCCGCAAGGAGCUGGUGAAUGCUCAGUGUGCCAAGUUCAUUGACGAGCAGCAGAUCCUGCACUGGCAGCACUACUCGCGCAAGAGGAUGAGGCUGCAGCAGGCCCUGGCCGAGCAGCAGCAGCAGAACAGCAGCUCUGUGAAAUGAAAGGGAGUAUGAGGUGUG